UGUUCAGGCCUUUGUUGUCGAUGAACUAGAGCUCUGCGUUAUCUCCGACAGACACGUAAGCAUAGCCAAUGGUCUUGCAAGGCAUUAUUCACUUGCGAAUCAUGGUGCUUGUAUGCGGCAUCUCAGUGAAAAUCUUCGAACAAAUCACCAUUGUUCCGAUUCUCUCUAUUUGUACUACCAUGAGGCCAAGGCAUACGCGUUGGAAGAAUUUAAUGGCUACUUGAAUUCCCUUAAAGAAAGAUGCCCCAGCGCUGCAGCUUACCUCGAGCAUGAUGUUGGAUUGAAAAAGUGGAGCCGGGCUCACUUUCCAGGUAAUCAGUUUAACGUCAUGACCUCAAAUAUCGCCGAGUCGCUUAACUCAAUAUUGCGCGACGAAAGAGAGUAUCCAGUGGCAUCCAUCUUCAAUUCAAUUGCACAUAGAUUUGGAGAAAUAUUCAAAAAGAGGUAUGCGGAGGUGAACAAUUCAAAGACAAUAUUCUUUUUCGUAGACGAGACGAUUUUGAGGGAAAACACGACCGAGGGUUAUAAAUUAUAUGUGAACAACAUAAACGGAAGCACCGACGAAUUCACUGUGCUUGGCUACGGUCGUUCUGCCAAAGUUAAUCUUUCGAGAUGGUUAUGUUCUUGCAGAAAGUAUGACUUGAUAAAAUUGCCAUGCGCUCAUGCAAUGGCAGCGUUGCGCUUAAAGCAUGGAGACGAAUACGACACUAGCAUUUACAAAUACUCUUUUCCAUAUAUUCAAAAGAAUCAUACCUCCUUGCAUACUUGGAACCUAUUUAUGCAGUACCACUGGAGUAGGAGUGGAGUGUGGCAUGGGAGUAUCUAG